AUAAACUCGUUCGAUUGUUGUCCAAAUCACAGAUACAUGGCAUCGUUUACAAUAAACGCGAUAUUGGGGCAGUCGCUCCCAAGACUAGAUAAAACAACAGAUCCUGAGCGGGACAGUGAGCCAAAUAAACUGGUCGCGGACGCUUUCAGAGCAGGUUUGUGUCUUUCAAGCUAUCCUCUUCUGGCUAAAUGUAGCUUUCUCCUAGUAUAGAAUCUGUAACUACACCACUGGCGAUGGCCGGGGAUAUUGCUUACGACUAUGUAAUGCGGUUCUAAUUUGAAUUUUUAUUUUCUUGUUGUUGUGUCAUGUAGCGGGAGAUGAAUUUGUUGAGGGGCAAAAUGAAAGAGAGGAAGAAAUUAGCGGCUCCCCAGGCCGCGAUGAUCUUCAUUUCAACAAAGUACGAAGGCGAAGAACUGCUUUUACUAGCAGCCAGUUAAAAUCCUUGGAACAAAUGUUCCACGACAAGAAAUAUUUAACCAUCAACGAGCGAAACAACUUGGCUAAAAACCUUAAUCUUACAGACACUCAAAUUAAAACGUGGUUCCAGAAUCGGAGAACAAAGUGGAAAAAACAGAUGGCGCCCGACUUUGAGGCCAGCUUACGUUGGGAGGAAAGAAACUCUAUAUUUGGUCACAUGCAGGCAGGUUUUCCUUAUUAUGGGGCUGGCCGAGAAUUGGCAGUGCCCUUACAUCAACUACCUAUACAAAACUAUAACUUACGUAGAUUUUGCCCUUCGUCGAAUCUUCAAGUUGUCUAUGGAAACAUGUCCAUGCAACCAUUCGCAACUCAGUUUGGUUAUCAUAUGGUUAAUCAAUAA